AUGAGUGCGGCACUUUGUACAGUGCCAUACGAAUCGAAUCAAUCAGUAAAUCUUUUACGAAGAAAAAAUAUUUUCGAAAUAGAGGAAACAACCAUUGGUGCUGUCAUCAUAACGUUGAGAGUGACAGAAGACGAGCAAAAUGCUGCACUUUAUCAUAAGCCGACCAGAAAAACCAGUCACGAAGAUGAGAAUGUGCUCUCUACUAUUAAAAUGCAUAGAGAACGAAGCUUUGUGGCUGUACUUGCACCAAAUUGUGACGCUGCAAUUGCUUCGCUGCAUACUCAACCACCUGGAACAUAUCUUUUAGUACAGUUGGAGGACACGGGACUUGCAGUUUACAUGAAGUUUCGUCAGGCUGUGCGUGCAUUAACCCUUGUGAAUGGAAAUGAGAUAAUGGAAAGUAAUGACAACACCAGAUUAAUAAAGUCGCGAAAGAAUGAUUCAGACGUGACACCUGUUUACACUUUGUGCCUGGCUUUCGAGACAUAUUGUCUUUUAGAGUAUUGCUGGAAACAUUAUCUUCCUCACGUGCAAGCUAUUGUAGUUGAACUUUGCGGUGAACCUCAUCUGGUCGAGGAUAUUAAAUUGGAAGACUGGACUUCUCAAUGGAUACCUUCAUCGACAUAUGCUAUUGGACUGAUGCCAGAAGCUUUCGGGUUUUAUAUUUUCUCAGUAUCUGAAAAUAAUGGAAGCUCUUUCCCUGUCAUAGCAGUUCGGCAAGUCGAGUUCGAUUUUACCAAAUUUGCUAUCGUUAUUGCAGAUGGCGCGCAUAAGCAUUCGGCUUUAUUUCUCACAACAUCAUUCUCGAUCAAACGUACUUAUGAUCCAUUUACAACAUUUAGCAUCAUCCGUGAUAAUUUUCUAACGCCAGAUCUAGUACAGCUAAAGGAAACAAUUGUGAAUACGAUUUUGCCCCAUCAACUUUCGCUUCGAAAUUGCAUUGAUCUGAAUUUCAACGACCAGGAACUCACUGUACUUAAUUCAGUUGAAGCUGCCUGUGGAAUGAUGAUGCCACACGAGCCACUUUUACAAGCUUUUGUGACUGAGUUACACGACAUGCACGUUUGUUUUGUAAACACGACAAUCCAAGAAAGAAGUAUGUUAGUCUCCAAGCCUACACAAUGGUCGCCACAGAAAAUAAAAUUAGCAGGCCGUAUUAUCCCUGUCCUGAUAGAAUUAUUGAUCUUCUCGUCGACUUACAUUGAGAAAAAUACAACGGAAAAUAGCAAAGAAAGACAAAUGCUGGUUCAGUUUGCCUAUGCCAUGCAUUUUAAUAUCCGAUAUAUGACUUUUCGGAGCGGUGACACGGUAAUUUGCCGCUUGGUGCAUCAAAUUUGUCAGAUUCUGAGCGCUCGAAUUCAAGUAACUGCAGCGUUGUUCGAUAUUAUUCAAGAUCUUGUUGAGUCAUUCCCAACAUUUUUGCGAUUAUUUCUUCGAAAUCAAGGUAUGACUUUCCUGUGGAAAAAUGUUCGACACAAUGACAUCGAGGAAAAUGACGCUACAAAUAUGAAUAUUCAUGCACAAUCCAUCUCCCGCUCCUAUAAAGCGCCAGAUUUCUCGAUUAAAGGUUCAAGUGCCGUGUAUGGAAAUAAAGACAGAAAAAUUAGGUGGUUUGGCCUGUCACGGAAGCCACAUAUAACAUCAAGAAAAUUGUCAGUGUUUCGGGCGAAUUCAUUGAGGACUCAAGGAGCAAAUGCUUUUGCGUUCUUUCGACUACGCCCUCAGCUCGUUCGGUCCUAUCUUGGCAUGCACCUGCAUAAAGGCUACUUUUCACUCUCAGGAUUGUCGAAGGAAGAGACCAAUACGUCUCUGUUUUCAACUGAAUUACAGCAAAGUGGUAAAUUGACAGGUGAUGUCUUUCCAUGUAAUGAACCUUUCUUAUGUGAUCGCAUACGCUCAGGUCUGUCGCUUAAUAUGAUCGUGGUGAAGCUUGUUUUACAGAUUUCACUACGACUGUUGUACCACAGAAGCUCCUUUACAAUUUGGGAUCGUGACGUUGCCCUUAUGAUUCGUCUUAAAGACCUUCAUCGAUACAUUUUUGAUGAAAUUAUGAGCAAAUGGCGUCAGCAAAAAUUUAAAGAUCCAAAGAUACAAGAAAUUAAUGCGUGUGAUUUUCAAAUAGCCAUUACAUGCGUAUCGACUCUAUAUCGUCUGGAACACAAGCGAAGACUUGAUAUGUGUUCUGCCAUUGGAGACAAAAAGUACUUGGCAUUUGUUUAUUUAGGUCGAGACAAUAUUCGAAAAUUAAACGAGUGCUUGCUGGCCGACAUUAGUAGUAAUGGUGACAAGAUCGAAAAGGGCGAAGUUUACGAUGCUUUUAACGGUGGCAAUUGCUUGGAAGUACUACUUGUAGUUUUAACGUGGAUCCCGAAGGCACUUUUAAAUGAAUGGAUAAUAUUUUGUCUGAAAGAUUUACUCGAGACUGUCACAUAUCUGAGUGGCGUCAUGAAUCAAACAGAGAUACCAUUGUUCAUGAAAAGACAAUAUAUACGUCUUGGAUCCGACAUCUGUCAGGUAUUUGAUGUGGUUUUACGACGAAUGAGUGAUUUAGACACUCAAACGUUACUUGUGCGCCUUCUAGGUCUUUAUUAUCCACCUUUUAUCUUCCUUCUCCGCUUCUUACUUGCACCUACAUCACCAGAAUUUGGCUGCGUGAAGGAUGACGUCAGUGUUCAAGUACGCGUACUUGACUUUUUGAGAGCUUUCGUUGAUCUUGACAUUGCGCUACCAAGACAGAUGGAUCAGGAAACACGGUACGGAAUAUUACGCGUUGAACGCAGUAAUACAGAGGAUGCAGAAGUGCUCGAACAUUUAAAAGGAGAGCUACUAAUCCAGCUGUUGGGUCCUCGCAUGGCAAUAAACGACAGCAAGCAGCACGAUCAAAUGCUUUGGGACUUCAUUCUCGAGCUGAUGUUUCCAAAUACAGCAAACACGGUUGGUAAUCUUUGCAUGCUACCAAUUGCAGUCCUCUUUCGAUCCCUCGAUACUUCUGCUAGUUGCUUGCUGAAGAAUUUUCAACAAAUGGAGUCAUUUCUAUUGCUUUUACAAACGCUGUAUAUCGCUCAAGAUGAGAGCUCCGCUAUUGACUACAAACAAUGCGUUGCCAGUCACUGGCGUCAAAUUGAGCAAUUAUGUGAUCAUGUUUUCGAUAAGGAGAAGCAAGAUGAGCUCAACAUAGCUAGUCAACUGGUUGUACUAAGUUUUCGGUGUCUAGUGAUCUUAGCAAGUCAAAGGUCUCACUUAUCGGAGGUUCAAGAAGCUUUCAAUCAUACUCGAGUAUUAUCGUGUCUAUUACUACGUCUUUGGCCGCGACAAUUGGCGUCUCCAGACAAUUUUAAACCCAAGCGUGAAAUUGGUGUAUUGUUUGGCAAUGACAAAAACAGCUUAUCCACUCUAACUUUGCCACCGAUCAAUUCUUUUGACUUAUUCAAUAUUCCAUUGAACACUUCAACGCUACCUUCGACGAACAGUCAAUCCAUUCGUAUUUGUGAUGGAGUAGUUCCUGAUCCGAAUACACUCUUGCGAGAGCCCGGACCCUAUGCUCUUGCCAUUGUGCUAGUCUUGACUUACAUUCUCAUCAACCCGAAUUUAGAAAUUGAUGAAGCAGUAUGUCCACGAAUGUAUGUCCCUUUUCAGACUGAUGCGAACACGAGCGUGUCGAACGAGUUACUGUGGAAGCUACAGCAACACUUAGCGAUUGCAAAGAUAGACUGGAGAACUAUUGAAGCCGUCUUGUUACAAAUGGGAACAAAUCCAACCUCUGUCUCAACUGCUCGUCUGGCAGCGAUUCGACUUCUAUUACGAAUAUUCUGUCCUGAUCGUUUUGACAGUCAAUUUUACUCAUUACAAGGAGGCGAUUCGACACGGGAAUACAUCGCAAAAGGUGCAUUUUCAGCGGUCUAUCGACAACAUAUAUCGUUCUCUCCGCCCGAAUAUGUUGCUGUUAAGGUUAUCGAGCAUCAGAGAAGAGCUGGUGGCCUUUGCGCUGUAAGCAGCGUGUAUAAUGAAGUCUGUAUUCUUAACAAGCUUCGAGGUAAUCGCGCAGUGACUCAGCUUGUUGAUUUUGGAAAUUUUCACGAGGAAAGACGCUUUGAGAUCGUCAUGGAAUACUGUCCGUGCUCGCUUACUAGUUGGAGAGCUUCCAUCAAAAAAUUUGAUAUGAACUUAUCGUGUCGAUUGUGUAUUUUUGUUAUUUUGCGUGUAUUCGAAGAGAUAUGUCAAUGCUUGAUUCGCAUUCAUGAAACAGGCGUGUGUCACUUUGACAUUAAGAGCGAUAACAUUCUUGUUCGUGUUAAUGAGUGGGAGCUGAGUCACAGGUUACUAUAUACUGAUGUCAUUGAUACAUCAAGCAAUAGUCUUCACGAUAUAUUGUGCUUCGCGGACUUUGGAGAGGCAAAAGUUAUUGAUACUGAUCAGAUGCCAGCGCGAAGAUCAGCUUAUACAUCUUGUUCUGCGGGUACCGCAUCGUCCGACACCGCUCAAAAGCAAGCAAUGCAUUUCGUGUCGCUGACUCGAACAAGAGGAACUGAAGCUAUCAAGAGCCCUGAGGUCCUGAAGAUCAAAGGAAACGAAAAUGCUGUAAAAAUAACGCUAGCCAGUGAUAUUUGGUCAAUGGGAUGCUUAUUAUACGAAUUGGUGACCCAAGAAUUGCUUUUUCAGAAUGAUGACUGGGCAGGUUUGUACGCACACCUCGUUGUGACUCAAGACCAGGAGGUUUUGCGGUCGGAUCAUAAGCACAAGGUUUUUGCAGCGCUCAACCCAACGUGUCCUGAAGAAGAAGUAGUAGUGCAAAAUUUGCUGGAGCUCUGUAGUAACAUUUUGGUUCGUGAACCAUCUCGUCGCCCAAAACUGAAUGUGAUCAUGGCUCAAGUUCGCAAGCUGAUGAAAGAAUUGCAUGCGUUAUCCACAACAGCGCAUGAUGAGUCAGUCAUCAGUGUCUGCUUACAAAAUGCUUCCAAAGCUCAAGAAUCUCCCAUGCUUCCAGUCUUUCCUACUUCUUUGUCCUGUCGAAAACACGACGAGACAAGUGAUGAGUUCGUACCGGUUCGGCUGUUCUGGAAUUUCUUUAUUGCGGCUGAAACGAUAACAAGUUCUAUCGGAUCCAGGUCAAUGUCUAUCUGCCAGGAGAUUUUGGCUAUGGACGCCUUUGAAGCAAAAUAUGAGCACAAUUUCGUGCAUUUUGUCUACCUAAGCUGCCACGACUCGAGUGAUUUCUGUAAAAUUACAGCUUCCCAGUGUUUCAUUGAAGAAGUUUACGAAGAUGGACUCCGUACAUGGUUCUUGCUGAAUCCUCAGCUAACAUCUAAGCUGCAUUGGGUUCCUCAGAAUAACGCUCAGUAUUUUCCAAUUUUUCAACGCUGUCUUCGAGAUGAAGCGGGUUGUGUCGUUUUUGUCGCACUGGGGAAGAACAAAGAGGAUACCAAGGCUCUCCAAAGUAUUUUGACCAAUAUGCUGUUCUUUUUCCUUCGUAAUGCGUUAGAUAUGCCUGCAUUUGACAUCCUGACCUCCUUUUCUCGCGAUUGUGCUCGCAUGUAUGAAUACCCGAAGUUGGCGUUUCUUGAGCAACUCAAGGCAUAUUCAACUACUCGCGUUGAGAUUAACGAGACGUCUACAAUGGUGCGAUGUUGCUGUGGUUCUAACGUCUUGAGUAUUAAAUCAUUCUUGCUCUCGGAAGCUCUUGCUACUCAAUCGUGGACUUGCUAUUCAAAGAGGAUAAAUUUUCCAUAUUUUCAACCAUUCGACGAACUUAUGGAUGACAAAAUUUCUCUUUUGAAAACACCCUUUAUUCACGACAACGCCGAGAAGCAAUUUGUCUAUCCACUUGAGACCUCACGAAUAUCGGUGCAAUGGGUUACACUUGACUUGGUAUCCAUUACUCGAGAAAGUGGAUUUUUUAACGAAGAGGAUCCCCAUUUCGACAAUUUCAAGCGUCAAGCCUCUGAAGGAUCCGAAACGGGCGUCCAACCAUACAACGAAUUUGCAUUUGUCGGUUUAAUUUUCAACACAAAAGCGUCAAUAAUCGAAGUAGCUACAGUGAUGCGACUGCUAUGUACAAUGGCUAUAGAAACAUUAUCACCUUUGAAAAAGAUUGGAUCUAAUCUGAAGGGCGUCUUUUUUCCUUCACCGCGCCAAAAGCGCGUCCGUAAAAAGUUGAAAAAGCACAAGCGCAUGACUAGCGACAGACAUCUGACCUCGCCAUGUGCAUUCAAUUGCUUCGAUAAUGUAGCUCGUCACACCGACAUCGGGUUGUUAAAGCUCUAA